AUGGGUUCAUUUGAUACCAAUUCAAGUGCAAGGCCUUGUAUCGGCACGAGUGGUGGAGAACCUCCAAGAAACAAUGUCAAGUUACCGUCGAUUCAUGAAUUAACCUCAAACUCGUCUAUACAUGGUCAUGGGCAUUCAUCGAUAUCUCCGAGAGUGUCACACGGGAGAAUGCAUCAAGGCAUGGGAAAUGAUAGUCUUGAUAGAUACAGGUAUCCCAUAAACCCUCCAACCCCAGGGUAUUAUACUGGAAGUGAAAGCAGGGGAUCUAUUGGACCUAGUCCCAUAGAAACACAUAUCAAUCCAAUAAAUAAAAUAUUGCCCACGCCUGCCACUUCAUACUACGACAAACCACCGCAGACUCAAUACCAAUACUAUCCAUCACCUCCAGCAUUAUCAUACCCUCAUCCUAUAGGAUAUCCACCACAACAGGCAGUAUAUUAUCCCCAAUAUGUUCCUCAAGCACCGACAGUUUCUCGUAGCAAUCCGUUCGUUGCACCCGAGAUUAUAAACAAGACCAAUAACGUAUGCCAGAGAUGUGGUACUACUGAAACCCCUGAAUGGCGACGGGGUCCCGGUGGUGUGAAGACAUUGUGCAAUGCGUGUGGUUUAUUUCAUGCAAAAUUAGUUAAAAGGAAAGGUGCUGCGUUGGCCGCGGAAGAAGUUUUAAACAACAAAGUCUGCAAAGGCAAGAACGGUAGAAGAAUAUCGAUCAAAAAGAAUUCUAUCGAUAAUGAUCGUUUAAAAAGUGGGAUUUUUCCGUCUACAGCUGCUCCUACUAAUACUACUAAAAAUACCACCAAACAUGCUGGUCAGCUCCAAGCACCAGCUACAUCUCUGGUUUCUCCAGCUUUAACUCAUCAUUAA